CGACACUCGACACGGGGCAUCUGAAGAAUAGGCUAAAGUCAAGAUGACGGCGAAUCUGCAGAAUUGUUUGAGCGCAUCUUGAAUUUUACAGUGAUAACAAUAUUCCAGGAAGAGUCGUAUGUAUCAUUUCCGUGGAAUGUCCGAAUUUUUGGCUAUGCGAUAAGCGGCAACAUCGAUUCCAGCGUCGUCGUGAGCGAUUAGAUUACGCAUUCUCAGUUUUGUCUCGUAAUCAUAAAACUGUACGGAGAAUAGCGAGUGAUUGUACGCGAACGAUUGUGAGCGAAGAGAUUUGACAUUGUGAAAAAACGAUAUUUCGCGAUUUCUCCUUCUUCUUUGAGAAAAUCGGCGCGCUCGGACUACCGAAGAAUUCAUCGCGAUGAUGCUGACGUUUCCGCAAAAAUCGCGUCGAUGAUGGUUAAGAUCACAACGAAAAGCUUGACAGGCUCAAGCGGCCUGUGUUGCGCACUUGAUUUAUCAAUAACAUCUUGAGCAUGGCUUCAGCAAUACUGCAGAAGGCUAUAGAUCUUGUGACAAAGGCUACCGAGGAGGAUCGCAAUAAGAAUUAUGAAGAAGCCCUGAGAUUAUAUGAGCAUGGUGUCGAAUACUUUCUGCAUUCAAUAAAAUAUGAGACACAUGGAGAUAAGGUAAAGGAAAGUAUAAGAGCAAAAUGUAUGCAAUAUUUAGAAAGAGCAGAAAAAUUAAAGGAAUAUUUGAAAAAGAAUAAGAAAAAGCCUGUUAAAGCUGGAGCAGAUAACUCCAAAAGUGAAGAUAAGAAGAGUGACAGUGGUGACAGUGAUACUGAUAGUGACCCUGAAAAGAAGAAAUUACAGAGCAAAUUAGAAGGUAUUAUAAUUCAUGAAAAUACAAAUGUUAGAUGGAGUGAUGUGAUUGGUCUUGAUGGAGCCAUUGAAGCUUUGAAAGAAGCUGUUAUUCUACCUAUGCACUUUCCACAUCUUUUUACUGGGAGGCGCAUACCUUGGAAAGGCAUUCUGUUAUUUGGGCCACCAGGAACUGGUAAAUCCUAUUUGGCAAAGGCAGUAGCGACAGAAGCUAAUCAAGCUACUUUUUUCUCCGCAUCAUCAUCGGAUUUAGUAAGCAAAUGGUUAGGAGAGUCAGAGAAGCUUGUAAAAAAUCUAUUUGAAUUAGCACGACAAAGGGAACGUAGCAUAAUAUUUAUUGAUGAAAUAGAUUCACUUUGUUCGUCACGUUCCGACAACGAAUCAGAAUCUACAAGGAGAAUAAAAACUGAAUUUCUAGUUCAGAUGCAAGGUGUAGGGAACAAUAAUGAGAAUAUACUUGUGUUGGGUGCUACCAACAUACCUUGGGUCCUGGAUUCUGCGAUUAGACGAAGAUUUGAAAAGAGAAUUUACAUUCCGUUGCCCGAAAAGCAGGCGCGUGCUGCCAUGUUUAAGCUUCAUUUGGGUAAUACAUCACAUUGUUUGACGGAAGAAGAUUAUAAGAAAUUGGCAGCUUCUACCGACGGUUAUUCGGGAGCCGAUAUAAGUAUUAUUGUACGGGAUGCCCUGAUGCAGCCGAUCCGACAAGUACAAACAGCUACACAUUUCAAGCGCGUUAAAGGACCAUCGCCAAAGGAUCCUUCUGUUAUCGUCGAUGAUUUACUCACUCCGUGUUCUCCUGGUGAUCCGGCUGCCAUAGAGAUGAAUUGGAUGGAAGUAGAUGGCGACAAAUUAUUCGAGCCACCGGUCACCAUGAAAGAUAUGUUAAAAUCGCUAGCAACGACCCGUCCUACAGUGAAUGAAGAAGAUUUGGCAAAGUUAGAGAAAUUUAAGGAAGAUUUUGGUCAAGAAGGUUGAGAGGUCUUGGAACUUUCUCAUAAGUAAACAGAUUUAUAAUUCAGGACAUAUUUUUAGUUAUACAUGCUUGCCUUAUUCCUCUUACGAUAACACGCUUGAUAAUAUUUGUAUAAAUACGUUAUACUCGGAAAUGAUCUUUCUUCUCUCGUCUUCUUAUUUAGAUCUCUUCUUUUUUUAAACGCAACAGCAGAUGCAAUCCGAUAUCGUAUUCUCGCUUGUUUAAUAAAAAUGAAACAUAACUUAGGAAAUAAACGAUAUAUUUUGAGAUAAAAAAUUCUUAGACUUUUAUCAAGCAGUCGGAUAAGAGGUAGAUUAUUUUCUAUUGUAAAGUGCAAAGUAGAAAGAAUAUUGAGAUACGAGGUAUAUGACAAACUCUGUGUUUAAUGCAUACUAUAACUAUCACACUACGAUAAGUACCUAACAAAUUAAUUGUGUAAAUUAUAGAUUUUAUAUAGUUACUUCCUAAUCACUUUAUAAUUUUAAACACUCUUGCGUAUUCUAUUAUCUAGUUUUUUCGAUUCGAGUGGAUUUAUCGCGAAAUUUUAUUCGCGAUAUUCACAAAAUCGAAAUCGAAUCCCACAGUUAGCCAAUUUGAAUAAUUUGCUAACUCGACGGAGUAACAAGUGUGUUAUGUAACAUACUACAUACAUAUUACUGAUAUUCAGAAUGCUGUUUUCAUGUAAAUUGUUUUUAUUGUUAACUAAAUAAAUAACAAGCUGUAUACUG